AGAGCUUCCAGCGAAUCGAGCCAGGGGGAGCCCCGGGCCGGCCGGGUGGGGGAGGGAGCGAAGCGCCUCCAGCGGGCAGAGCCAGGGGGAACCCCAGGCCAGCCGCCCACCCACUCACGCACUCACUCGCUCUUCGUGCCCCGCGGGCGGCAGCCCAGCCUACGUGUAGCCCCAAGCCAAACCCGACCGAGCCCCUGCUCGCCCCCCAUGGCCGCGGCCAAGGCCGAAAUGCAGCUGUUGCCCUCGCUCCAGAUGGCCGAUCCUUUCGGUUCUUUCCCACACUCGCCCCCUACCAUGGACAGCCACUAUCCCAAGCUGGAAGAGAUUAUGCUGCUCGCUGGCGGGGGGCCCCAGUUCCUCAACCCCACGGGGGGGCCCGACAGCGGCGGGAGCGGCGGCAGCUUCAACUCCUCCGGCGAAGGUGGAGAGCAGUCCUUCGAGCACCUCGCUGCAGACACGUUCCCCGAGAUCUCUCUGAGCGCCGGCGAAAAGUCCUUGGUCGAGACGAGCUACCCGAAUCAGAGCACCACCCGCCUGCCGCCCAUCACUUACACCGGCCGCUUCUCCCUGGAGCCGGCGUCCAGCGGAGGCAACAGCAACACCUUGUGGCCGGAGCCCCUUUUCAGCCUGGUGAGCGGCCUGGUGGGCAUGGCCAACCCGCCCACCACGUCCGCACCCUCGUCGUCCGCCUCGCCGCCCAGCUCGUCGUCCGCCUCGCCGAGCCCGGCUCUCAGCUGCUCGGUGCAAGCCAGCGACACCAGCCCCAUCUACUCGGCGGCGCCCACGUUCCCCAACCCGGGAGGCUCGGAGAUCUUCCCGGAGCCUUCGAGCCAGGCGUUCCCCAGCCCGUCGGGGGGCUCGCUGCAGUUCCCACCGCCGGCUUACCCGACGGCUAAGAGCAACUUCCAGCUGCCCAUCAUCCCGGACUACUUGUUCCCGCAGCAGCCGCAGCAGAGCGAGAUCGGCCUGAACUCGGUGGACCAGAAGCCUUUCCCGAGUCCGCAGCCGUCGCUCACGCCGCUCUCCACCAUCAAGGCCUUUGCCACGCAGAGCAGCAGCUCGUCGCAGCAGGAGCCCAAGGGCCUUGGCGGCGGCGCGUACCCAACGCAGCUGGUCAAGCAGAGCCGCAUGAGGAAGUACCCCAACCGGCCUAGCAAGACGCCGCCACACGAGCGUCCCUACGCCUGCCCCGUCGAGUCCUGCGAUCGCCGCUUCUCGCGCUCCGACGAGCUCACCCGGCACAUCCGCAUCCACACCGGCCAGAAGCCCUUCCAGUGCCGCAUCUGCAUGCGUAACUUCAGCCGGAGCGACCACCUCACCACGCACAUUCGCACGCACACCGGCGAGAAGCCCUUCGCCUGCGACAUCUGCGGCCGCAAGUUCGCCCGCAGCGACGAGAGGAAGCGCCACACCAAGAUCCACCUCCGGCAGAAGGAGAAGAAGGCGGACAAGGGUUCCGCCGCGCCACCGCCAACCCCUGGGGCCCCCGCACCUUCCCCACUGGCCAGCUACUCCGCCUCCCCGGGGGCAGCCUCUUACCGCUCUCCCUCCACCACAUCAUUCCCCUCGCCAGUACCUGCCUCUUACUCCUCCCCCGCAACAUCCUACUCGUCCCACUCCUCCCCUACAACAUCCUACUCGUCCCCCGUGACCUCAUACUCGUCCCCCGUGACCUCAUACUCGUCCCCCGUGACGUCACCCUUCCCCUCUUUCCCCUCGCCCUCGGUGGCCACCAGCUACGCUUCCAUCGCCCCGUCCACCUUCCAGAGCCAGGCGGCGGUCACCCCUUUUCCCUCGCCUGGGGGCAUCUCCAGCCCCUUCAGCUCUCAAGUGACUUCAGCACUUUCCGAUAUGGCCUCCACUUUCUCACCACGGACAAUUGAGAUCUGUUGAGAGGAAGGAACACGAACAAACCCAAACUCUGACCUUGGGGUGGGGGUGAUGAAGGCUCUUCCCAUCCCACCGGUACUUGGUCCAGUGGGCCCGGGUUUGGUGGGAGGUGGGAAAGUGGGAAGAGCUGGGCUCUCCAGCCAAAGCCAGCCCCAGCUUCCCAGCUGCCAUCGAGGCCCUGGGACACUUCUUUCAACUUCAACUGCCUGAAAAACAAACAACUCAUGGACAUCUGAGUUCCUCCACUUCUGUCCAAGAACUGACUGACUCUGCAUGGACGAUGGAUCUCUUCUUCUUCUUCUUCCCUGAUAAUUUCCCCGCAAAGCCGCGAUUCACUGGGAAGCCAGGGACUUUGGAACCCACGUGAAAACAAUGCGUAAUUGUAUAUGUGCCACGGCUUUCCUUUCCUUCUGGGUUCUUGACGUGGAAACCUCUUGACAUAUUCAUAUUGCAUUAUUUGGGGUACGAACGGCCAUCUUUCUUUCUCUCUCUCUCUCUUUCUUUGUAAAUGGUGAUUUUUGCUCUCUUAGUGAUGACGAAGCUGUAAUGAGUUUUACAACUUUUUUGCGGGAGGGGUGGGGGGGGAGGAAAAAAAAGCAGCACUUAACUAUGUAUUUGAGCAUGUCAAAAGAGUGUGAUGUUCUUUGUAAAUAUCACCUUGAGGAGGAAACACUUUCCCACGUGGCAAAAAGUUUUUUCGUUUGUUUCCCCCCCUUUCCAAGUCCCAAGUCUUGGUGCCUUGUUGUGAAGCCCUGCUGACGUCAUGCAUUUGUGUGAUUGGAUGCUUCGCAUCUAGCCUUAAGGUGAAAGGGAAAGUGUGGAAAGGGAACGGAGGCUCCAAAAACAAACAAAAACAAAGGGAGAGAACCCGAGGACAGAAUGUAAGCAAAAAAACAAAACAAAAAAAUUGAACUUCUCAAAGUCUAUUUUUGUUACAGAAGUGUAAAAAUUUAUAAAUAUAUUCAGGAGUUGGAAUGUUGUAGUUACCUACUGAGUAGGCGGCAAUUUUUUGUAUGUUAUGAACAUGCUGUUCAUUAUUUUUGUGGUUUUAUUUUUGACUUUGUACCUGUGUUUGUUUAAACAAAGAGUGACUGUUUUGGCUUAUAAACACAUUGAAUGCGCUUUACUGCCAAUGGGAUAUUUGGUGUACCAUACCCUCCAGAAAUAAGUCAAUAAAAGCUCGAGAGACUA